AACGAAGUGGCGAAUCUGUUAAAGUGCACCAACUUGAUGUUGCUAUCCCUUUGCAUCUCAAAAGCCAGCUGAGGAAAGGACCCCCGCUUGGUGGUGGGGAAGGAGAGGCAGAGUCUGCAGACACAAUGCCAUUUGUCAUGUUAACAAGAAAAGGCAAUAAACAGCAGUUUAAGAUCCUUAAUGUACCCAUGUCGUCCCAACUUGCUGCAAAUCACUGGAACCAACAACAGGCAGAACAAGAAGAGAGGAUGAGAAUGAAAAAGCUCACACUAGAUAUCAACGAACGGCAAGAACAAGAAGAUUAUCAAGAAAUGCUGCAGUCUCUUGCACAGCGCCCAGCUCCAGCCAACACCAAUCGUGAACGGCGGCCUCGUUACCAGCAUCCAAAGGGAGCACCUAAUGCAGAUCUAAUCUUUAAGACUGGUGGGAGGAGACGUUGAUCCAUCAGCACGUGUCAUUUCAUUAGGUCCUGUAUCUGAUGUUGUGGAUAGUGGAGUCCUCCAGCAAUUGAAUGAGAGCAGUGGACACAUCUCAGCAUGUCGGUCUAGAGAGUUGAGAAUCUAAACCUGGGACAGGCUGGGGCCAUGAGGCAGAAACACCAGCCUCUGCCAACACCGGAACAAGCCGACGCUUCCAGACAAGGCAUGAAAGGCCUUUUGUAAUGGAAAUCACGUGAGGGUUAAUCUUCUCUUGAGAAUGGCAGUCAAGAAAUGAGAUGGUUCACUUGACUACUGAGCAGUUACACCAGGAAGAGUGUCAAUGAGACGACUGAGCCAGAGAAGAAACGGUUGUGAUGGUAAUGGUAUGGGGGAAAUGAACUUGAGUUUUAAACUUGAUUUGAGUUUCAGUGUCUCUGAACUGAACAUCCCAUGUUGGAAGAAGAUACAUUUGGGGGCUCCAGGACUACAGUAGAAAAGUAUAGAGCAAGCAGUAAAAUCUUCUAGUAAAAACUUACAUGCAGGACAACAAAAUGAUGAAAGAUAUGCAAAUACUAGAUAAUCCACCAGGAAGGCUUUUGUUUAGGAAUUUGUUUCAAGAGGAAUAAGGGAUGAGGGAGAAAAAUGUGUUUAUCCUUCAGAGUCAGUAAUAUAAAAUUGCCUAUUAGGGUAAAAGAAAAAUGUGGAGACUAUAAGUAUGCAAAAAGCAUUCAUUCAGAUGGCUUAGAAAAGUCUGAUACCCGCCUAAGAACAGGGUUAUUGUUGAGCCCAUUGUAAGUAUCAUUGAAAACAAAGCGAGCCAGUCAGCGUGUCACAGAAAACGAACGAAGGACAAGUGGAUCAGAUGUUUUGUUGACCUUCAUGGGUUUACAGCCUCUGUCUCUAAACAAAAUAUGGAAACAAGUAGAGCUUUAUUUUGCUUUUGUUUUCAUUUUCUUUUCUUUUCUUUUCUUUUCUCCCCACUAAAUAGAAAUGAGGGUUCUUAGUCUGUUUCUGACAAUCUGUUAAUUUAUUAGGGUAGUUGUCUUUCGUUUGCUUUCCAAUAGGCAUAGUAAAUUUAGUUAAAGAGCACAUCUGUAUGCUACAACUUGACAUCUUUUUUUCUAGCUAUUUUGCAUUUUUUCUUUUACCAUGUUUCAGUUUCUGCAUGUAGAUUUAAAUAAGAAACAAAACUUGUAAAGUUGUAACAUUUCUCUUGGAAAUGCUGCCCAAUCUUCACCAGCUUCCGAAAUCUGACCUUUGCCAAUGCUGCAAUAAAGUGUUGUAAUUUA